AUGGCCUUGAAUGUGUAUUUGCCAAAGCAAUACUACACACCAACUGCCGCUGACUUGACUAAGGAAAAGCCAAUUCCAACCAUCAACUUUUUAGUAGGAGGCCUAACAACUCAAAAUUAUGCUGCUGAAAGAUCAUUCAUUCAAUGGCAAGCAAAUGCCUAUGGAUUUGCUGUUGUUUUCCCUGAUACUUCUCCUAGAGGUCCGGAUGUUCCAGAUGUUCCAGAUAUCGAAGUAGUUGGACAAAGUGCUGGUUUCUAUUUGAAUGCUACUGCUGAACCAUUCGUUAAGAAUUAUCAGAUGUUUGAUUAUGUCCAUAAAGAACUACCUGCAGAACUUACCACAUAUUUCGAUAAGGUAUCGCCAGUCCGUGUUGAUUUUUUGAAAAAUGUUAGUAUUAUUGGUCACUCCAUGGGUGGGUUGGGCUCUUUAACAGGUUAUUUCAAAUUGUUUCCCCGCUAUAAAAGUUGCUCUGCAUUUGCACCUAUAGUUAAUCCAAGCUCCUCGGAUUCAACCAUUGCUUAA